AUGCCACCAAAAGACAGCUUGCCUCAACCCGGAGAUGAAGCCCCAGACAUGCCGUCUGUCGCGCCAGAUGUCCUGUGCCUGGAUGGCCAUCUAUUCCGCAUCAACUAUGAUGUUCCAGAGGAAAUCACCCGGCAACUAGAGGAACUAUACAACCGCGAUGCAAAAUAUGAGGAGAUCCCGGAGCACCUGAAAGCAUACGAAACCGAAAUGGAAGACUCAGAUGUGGAAGAGGCAAAAGAGCUAGAACGGCUGUCAGAGGAACAAACCCAAGACCAAACCUCCAAAAAUUCUUUUACCUACCUUAACAACGCAGCUUUAUAUAACGCUGGAUCUAAAAAUAUCAAAGAAUCCGCUGUCCUGGUGCAGCUCGAAUCAGCAGAUUCCCUUGGCUAG